AUAGAAUUACUAAUAGCCUUCCAAUGCCAUUUUCUAAAUCAAGCAAAUUUUGGGAAAUAAAUAAAAGAAACAUCAAGUAGCAAUUAGUAUUAACUUUUUCUCAUAUGGUUAUUGAAUCCUCAUUAGAGUUGGCACUUAUGACUGUUCCCUAAAUAUAUCCACUUUGAUUUUGUUUAGUGUUUCUCACUUGAAUUGAUUGUUUAAGAAAAAAUAUCAAAAAGUUAGGGGAAAAUGGCAGGUGGAGCAUUUGCAGAUGGUAGCACCCUCAAGAGGGCUCAUCUUUAUGAGCAUAAGAUAACUGGUUAUCUCAUAUUUUCUUGCAUUAUUGGAGCACUUGGUGGGGCUCUAUUUGGAUAUGAUCUUGGUGUUUCAGGUGGUGUUACUUCCAUGGAUGAUUUCCUCGUAGAAUUCUUCCCACAUGUGUAUGCGAGGAAGCAUGAAAAACUUCAAGAAACAGAUUAUUGUAAAUAUGAUGAUCAAAUAUUGACACUAUUUACUUCAUCUCUCUACUUUGCGGCUCUUGUGUCCACAUUUGGCGCUUCAAGUCUAACAAAAAACAAAGGAAGGAGAGCAAGUAUCUUAGUUGGUUCUGUAAGCUUCUUUUGUGGAGCUAUUAUCAACGCAGCUGCCAAGAAUAUAGCAAUGUUGAUCAUUGGACGUAUUCUUCUUGGAAUUGGUAUUGGAUUUGGAAACCAAGCUGUUCCUCUAUAUCUUUCAGAAAUGGCACCAGCAAAAAUUAGAGGAGCAGUGAACCAACUCUUCCAAUUAACAACAUGUUUAGGAAUUUUGAUUGCUAACCUUGUGAAUUAUGGUACUGAGAAAAUUCACCCUUGGGGAUGGAGAUUAUCCCUAGGUUUAGCAACAGUUCCAGCAAUAUUCAUGUUCAUUGGAGGCAUUUUUUGUCCAGAAACACCAAACAGUCUCGUUGAACAAGGCCGAAUGGAUGAAGGAAGAGUAGUGUUGGAAAAGAUUAGAGGAACCAGAAAUGUUGAUGCUGAAUUUGAUGAUCUUAUUGAGGCUAGCAGAGAAGCAAAAUCUAUUAAGAAUCCAUUUCAGAAUCUCCUUUUGAGAAAGAAUAGACCUCAAUUCAUCAUUGGUGCAAUUUGUAUUCCAGCAUUUCAACAACUUACUGGAAACAACUCUAUUCUAUUCUAUGCUCCUGUUAUUUUCCAAACAAUUGGAUUUGGCUCUGGUGCAUCUCUAUAUUCAUCUGUUAUUACAAGUGUUGCUCUUGUUCUUGCUACACUCAUCUCAAUGGCUUUGGUUGACAAGUUUGGUAGGAGAGCUUUCUUUUUGGAAGCUGGUACUGAAAUGAUAAUAUGCAUGGUUGCCACAGCUAUAGUUUUGGCUACUUGUUUUGGAGAUGGAAAACAACUUUCAUUUGGAGUUGCAAUCUUUCUAGUUUUAGUGAUUUUCUUAUUUGUUUUGGCAUAUGGAAGAUCUUGGGGUCCCUUAGGGUGGUUGGUUCCUAGUGAACUCUUUCCAUUAGAGAUAAGGUCAUCUGCACAAAGUGUUGUGGUGUGUGUCAACAUGAUCUUCACCGCCAUUGUCGCACAGUUCUUCCUUGUGUCACUUUGCCACCUUAAAUACGGAAUCUUCUUGCUUUUUGGUGGAUUGAUUGUCCUUAUGAGCUGCUUUGUCUACUUCCUAUUGCCAGAAACCAAGCAAGUUCCAAUUGAAGAGAUUUAUCUUCUGUUUGAGAAUCAUUGGUUUUGGAAGAAUAUUGUCAAAGACGAAAACAAGGGGUCUGAAACACAAGCAUAAGUCGAAGUCUCGAAUGUUGUUCAUUCUGAAUUUGUUUUUUCAAAGACAAAUAAAUGUUAGCGGUUAAUAAAGUUAGGGGAUGGGAAAUUUUGUACGUAGGAAGGAUCAAAUCAUGUACCUCCAUAGUCAAUACUAGGCCACCU